AGACAUCUACCUAACUAUACAUACUUUAUACUGACAUGGCAAGAGACUUACGAACAGAGAGGAUCCAACAAGAAAGAAAACAGUGGAGAAAGGACCAUCCGUUUGGGUUUUACGCUAAACCCACAAAGGCAUCGGACGGUGCACUUGAUCUUCACAACUGGACUGCCGGUGUGCCCGGCAAACAAGGCACGAUUUGGGAAAACGCAACUUAUCCAUUAACCAUAUCUUUCCCUGAAGAUUAUCCGGCAAAGCCCCCAAAGGUCCGUUUUCCAAACAACUUUUAUCACCCAAACGUUUAUCCUAGUGGGACGAUAUGCUUGAGUAUAUUGAAUGAAGAGCAAGAUUGGAGGCCUGCCAUCAGUAUUAAACAGCUACUGAUGGGUAUCCAGGAGUUGUUAGAUACUCCAAACCCAAACUCACCUGCACAAGAACCUGCAUGGAGAGCGUUCCAGAAGAGCCCCGAAGAGUACGAAAAGAAGGUCAAAUCUCAAAAACUACAAUACAGUAAUAAAAACUGACAUUAUUUUGUUGAAAUGCACAAGGAUGUAUAGAAACAUAUAUGAUGAAAAAGAAGAAAAGAGAAAGCAUUUAAAAAGCAUGAGCCAAUCAUUCUGUCUUCUUAUAUUCAAUGAAUCGUUGUAAAUUAUUAAGCGUUUCUUCAGCUUGCUUUUUCAAUCUGAGGUUCAAAUUCUUAUCGAUAUUUUUGUAAAGCUUUUUGUAAUCCCCCAUCACACUAAUCAAAACCUCAUUUAAGUUUCCUCCAUGGUAAAUGGGUCUAUUGUAGGGAUAAUCGUCGUCGAACAUUUCGAAAACGGAGUUGAUGGCUAGGGUCACGGUUUCUUCUACCAAAUAAUGAUAUUUGUUGUGGAAUUUAGAAAUAUUCAGUCCGCUCUCUAACU